UCCGCUUCACUUGUGUUUUUUUCUAAUUUUACUGUCAAUAAGCUGAUAAUUCGAUGCAUAUUUUGUAUGCAACAGUUAUUUUGACUUAAUAUUGUGCUCUAUUAUGCACCAAACUAUCGCGGGGAAGGCUUGAGGUGCUUCUAUUAACUAAAAUCAAUAACAAUCUGAAACCAACAAAGUUACGAAGAUGAAUUAUGAAGCCGAAAGAGCCAUGAACCAAAAGCGGUUGCGUAUGGAUGGGGAGCCGGGCCACGGUGUGGUACAGGGGAACGGAUUGCCUCUUAAUUACAUGGAUAAUGGUCACCAGAUACCAUACCAGCCGUACGCUGGAGCGUACAAUACGCAUUACCCGCCCCCAGACGCGUUUGCAGCGUAUGGGCCGCCGCCGCCUGGAGGCUAUGCCCCCCAGAACCUGUCCUAUGCUCCCCCAGCCCAUCAGAACUACCCACACCAUCAGAGUUUUCCUCCGCAGCAGCCACAGGCUCAGCUGCACAUGCCCCAAUCUCACAUGGGUAAGUCAUUUCAAGGCUACGCCCCAGAACUGGUGCACAAAGCGGCCUGGGCACCACAGCCGCACCUGCUGCCUCCGUUGGACACUCAGAAACCGCUGGAUAUCAAACAGCUCAAGCCGGAGAUCAAGCUUGAGCCGCAAGAUGUGCACAAGAGACCUCAUCCGGAGAGUGAAAUGAUGGGUGGGGACUUGGAUCAACCGAAGAUAAAAAUCAAAACUGACAUCUUCAAGCCUGAUGAUCUGGCACUCAGACCUGAUAUUGACAAGCCCCAUGAUGUCUCGCAGAAAUCCUUAUCCUUGGAUGCGUCCAAACCAGUCGAGCAAAAGAAAGAUGAUGGCCAGCCUAGCAUUGGAAUUGAUAAACCCGGCGAUAAACCUGCAGAAGCUUGCAAGCCGGAGGGUUUGGUGGAGGGUGAUGCUCAGCGGUCCGAAGUCAAGGUAGCAGACAAGAGCGAAGAGGAUCGGAAACCCUUUAGCAGUCCGGACCUGCCAAAGUCCGGGACACCGGGGAAGGCCUCUACCCCUGGCCUGGAGGUGAGCCCAAAGAAGCGCGGGCGACCGAAAGGCUCCACCAACAAGCCGAAGCCCCCCGGCGCGCCCGCCCCGCGGGCUCCGGGGGCCACCCCCUCCCCGCGCGGGGCCGCCCCCCGCGCCCCCCAGCCCGCGCCCCGCCCGCGCCCGCAGGGGUAUCAAUACGCUGUGAGACCGUUCCGGAAGGACUUCUCCGGGAUACAGUUUAGAAGGCGAUGGAGCGACGACUGCCUAGAUUCCUCCCACAUCCCCAACGAGGUCUACUUUGGCGACGUUCCCGUCUCAACCGAAGUUCUAUUCAACUACUACGAUGCCAACGCUGAACGCGAGCGGCUAGCGGCACAGGCGGCUCAGAUAGCGGCACAGAAGGCCGCGGCUGCCAAACUGGCCGCUGCCAAGUUACAAGCUAGAGGACUUAUCUCCAAUGAGGUGACGACAGUGGACUCGUCUUCGUCGGACGACUCCUCCGGUUCGUCUGGCAGCGACAGUGACGAUAGCGAUGAGGACGCGCCGCUGAAGAAAGGCCCCGGGCGGCCCAAGGGCUCCCGGAACUCGGCGCCGCGCACGCCCGGCUCCGGCUCCGGCUCCGGCCCCGGCCCCGGCUCCGGCGCGGGGCGGCGCGGCCGGCCGCCCGUGCCGCCGGAGCUGCGCGAGCCCGGCAUCACCGACAUGAAGAAGUUCUGCAAGGCGGCCGGCAUCCGGUUUGACUAUAAGAAGCUUGUCGAAGGCUGCACAAAGAAUAAAGAGCGCGUCGGCAAAAUGAUGGACCUCCUCACCGCGGCGGGGCUCGAAGGCAAGCCCUCGCUGGAGAAGUGCAAGGCGCUCAAACAGGCCAAGGUAGACAAGAAGGAACAGGAGAAACAGGCCAAGAAGGAGGCCAAGGUCAAGAGCAAACCCUCGUCGAACGACGGGGAUGGCGAGCAAACGCCGGAGGGUACGCGGCGCAUGACCCGCGGCGCGACGGGCGUGAAGCCGCGCCAGCGCAUCGUGAUCUCUUCAGACGAGGAGGACGACACGCCCGCCGCGCGCCGCACGCUCUCCAAGCUGCGCUCCUCCGUCAACGACUCCGACUCAGACUAGGGGCAGCGUGUCCUCGACUUCUCAGCCUGGUAGCGUCCCCACGCUACAGAGUCCUAGAAAGUGCUUCGACAGACUCACAGGACUGCGCUCUGUACCCGAGUGAUUGUGUUCAGUGGCGUGGCGUGACUGGUCGGUUCAGUGGUUGCAUUUCACACUAACAGGGGCGUUUCACGCGAUAGUCCUUUACGAAAUGCUCUUCUAAUACUUUUGAAAAGUCUAACCCCCUUAUUCAUAAACGUACACUAUAGUUAUCAAGCCGAUAAAGUUCGUUUGUCUCUUUCUAUCACACCA